AUGUUCAGCGCGUGGCUGAACACGCACUUCAUCUACGAGGAGGGUGAGAAGAGACGAGUGCCUGUACGUAGCAACAGUACACCCAACACCUGUACCCAUAGCACCUGUACCCCCAACACCUGUACCCCCAACACCUGUACCCCCAACGUCUGUAGUGCCAGUCUCCUGCUCUGCGGACCCAGGGACGCCGUACUGCCUCCUGCUGGCGAGCUGGCCCCCUGUGACAGUAAUUUCAACAGGAGCUUAACGCACGCGAGCGCCGGGACGCUGUCGCCCAGCUCCUUGGACAAGCUGGGCCCCAGCGGGGGGCAGCGGGCCCUGCCUGCGCCUCUACAGUAUUCCAGGCUGGGGGAGACCACUAACGGGGCUGAGGGUGUCUUGGGGGGCGGUGGGGGCGGAGGGUACUCAGAGGAGGUUACCCUCAUCCUCACUGCGGACGACCUCGACAUUAAUAAGGGCAAGAAGCACAAGCUCACACCUGACUUUAAGGUGGAGCUCGUAUGGACCGUAAGCAAGCAGCAGCCAUGUGGCCGCCCUAUGACCUCAACCAACCACCAGCACCCGCCCUCCAUAGGCAGACCAGUCUCUACGACGGACAGCUCUACGCCGAGCUCGGUGACGCCCGGGGACUCUGAGGACGAAGAGGACGAGGAGUCCGAGGAGGACGAGGACCAUGAGAACAGCGACUGGGACUCGGUCUCGGCUCGAUGCGAGGGCAGGCUGGCGAGGGCUGGUAUCUAUGACGUUGCUUGUGACAUGAGGGCACCUGCUUUGUCCCCUCGAAAAGCGCCCCCCAACUGGGACCGAGACAAGGACUCGUGUCCCAUCUGGGGUCGGGCCAGGGACCAUAAACAAGGCCUACCUGUGUCCCACCGCCAGCAACAGUUCCACUCUUCACAUAUGCACGAGGCUAGCCACGGGCAACGACUAUCGUACAAGACGACAGCUAAAGAAUACGAUCGCGAGAAACACCUCACUGAACGAACUCACUAUGCAAUUGACCAAUACGCUGGAGAAUGGCAACAAAACUAUCCCGCACAACAAAAUGUCCGACACGAAAAGUUCGAUCAGAGGCCUUUCCGUUCCAGUCCUAAACUGGACAAGAAAAUGUCUGCUUUCAACGAUGUGGCUGAUGAACUUUUUGAUGACUCGACUCGUGACUUAGCGUCGCUUCCCGUCUCUCCUGACGACAACCGGUCUGACAUUACAAGCACAAUCUCCAGCCUCGCUCAGACUGACCCUUACAAUCUAGACGAACUCGAUUUAACUUCUUCAAACCUGCUCCUCGACUCUGGCCCUAAUUCUCUUGGGGACUUCGAUUCUAUCCCUGUGGUUUCCUCGCCUGUCUCUACUCUACCUCAUUCUUAUCACGACGUCCGCACUCAAUCUUCGUUAUGUUCAGAAGGUAAUAACACUUGCACGGUUGAGUAUUCUGGUGUUAGCGCCACGCAGCCAGUAUGCGAGGACAAUGGUUCCACAGCUUGCACACUUCACGUUCCAAGUGGCGUUGACGUUUGGAAUGACCACGCCAUACAAGACUCUGAUACAACUCAUAGUGUCACUGAAGUAGCCGAUAAUCCAACGGCUGUUGACCUGUGCGAGGUGAAUUUUGAACCUUGUCUCACUGAAAAUUCGAUGGAUUUUCUAACCUGCAGUCAAUCUUACCCACCGCCGCAUACUCAACAAGGAUUCAUUCAACAAUACCUUCAGCAGAAGCAGCAAAAGCAGCAACAGCCGUCAGCGUAUGAUAAUCAAAAUAAAACUACGCGCAUUCUCAGCCAAAAACUCGAUAAGCUUCAGCAAAGUCGUCGCGUGCAUCCAAGAAGCCACGGUAAUUUACAUUCAGUUCCACCAUCAGAAAACCUGGCUCGUGAAUCAUCGUACAACGCCAGACCAGACGUGACCAAGCGCUCACAUUUUGACAACAAACCUCCUCUGAUACCUGCUAAUUUGUCAGCGGUUUUCUCUCAAAAAGGACUGGAAGGUCGGGAAAGCAUCGGCUACCGAGCGCGCGGCUACUCCAAUCCUGGCAAGAAGCCGUCGAAAGAACGACGCAUACGAUCCUUCUCCCAGACGAGAGAGAGCCACCCCAAGAUCAGCGUGCACGUCAACUCUGAACAUUCAAGUUCUUUCAUAUCGCCGUCGGCAGGCACUAUAUUCGCUGACCCGAGCUUUACGAGUGACGUACCUAUAGUGCGGGACGGGGGCAUGGGCUCCCUCGUGACACACAUCACAAUUGGGGAUCCCCCCAUGAAUCGGUCGAAUCGAUCCUCGGUUCCCAUCGAUCCUGCGCAGGAUGAGAACUUUUUCGGUAAAAUGCAACCCAGGGAGACCUUGGAAAAUCUCCCCUCGACUGCCAAUGGCAACAGCAAAAACUCGCAACAUCGCAAACGCUCCAAUUCGAACAGAUUUUAUGUGUAAAUUAUAAAACUGAAAUUUCUCUUACUGCUUGUGCGUUUUUUGUUUCACUCAUCGAUGUGAAAUAAAACUAAUAAUAAUUUACUUAGAGGUGCUUCUGUACAUAGUAAUUCGUGUUGUACGUUUCUUGAUGUUAGUAAUUAGUAAAUGUAGUGGUACAUAUAUUUCUUCUAAUGCUACAAUUCUGCUUCAUAGUUAGAGCUGGUAUAUUUUUGGACGACAGUGUUAGAUGUACAAUAAGGCAAGCGUGACAUUUGUUGUCAAGGUUCUCACACCUAUUUCUUUGUGAUCAAACAGAUAGUAGCUUCUUCUUACGCUCGCGUGUGUGCUGUUGAAAUAUAAGAGCCUUGAUAAUCGCUCAUUUCUGUGAAUAACCAAGGAACCAUUAAUAUCCACACCGCACGAUCAUCCUUGAUUCUUUACGAAGUCUUGGAAAUUUUCUAUUGCAGUGGUCGUGCUUGCUAACGCUAUCGUAACCUCAGCGUGCGUCUGCCGUGCUUACAAAUUUUAAAGUAACGCCAACGAGCAUAUGCCACUAUUGCGAAGGUUAACUUAACGUCGGCUUGCGUUUUAUAGGCUUGCGAACGUCAACGUAACGUCAGCUUGCGUCUGCCAUGCUUGCAAACGUCAGGGACGUUGUAUCAAUGUGCUUUGUCUACAUUUGCCGUCAAGUUUUCUACUGAAAUCAAUGCAAAUAUCGCUCUCGUUUGAAAACUCAGCGUUACCUAUAAGUUCAAAUUUGGCUAAACUUCUCGAUAUAAUUGAUGCCAAAGCGGUAAUUGUACCUAGAAACAAUAAUUGCCAAGUAUGCUCUAGUUUUGUUCUAUUGCGUUUGUUUGUUCCCAUUGGCACUGAGGGCGGUUUUGUGAUCUCUUGAAAUUAGUUGCCAGCCUCUAUAUACAUAGAUUAAAACAAUUACUUUACGUACUAGCGCUGACGCUUAUUGAUGAACUGGCAGGGCCAUCCUAUUUAGUCAGGGAUAACUAUAAGAGAGACUUGUACUUGCGUCGUAAACAAACCUGGCUUUACAUCGUAACUAUAGCAUCAUAAAACCCGGGGCACUCUUGCGGGACGCGUGCAGUGCUAACGCUCCUUUCUUCCCUCAAUGUUAGAUGUGGUGGAGUGCUGACGGUCGCCCUAGAGUUGUGUCACGGUCGCCCUAGAGUUGUGUCACGGUCGCCCUAGAGUUGUGUCAUGGUCGCCCUAGAGUUGUGUCAUGGUCGCCCUAGAGUUGUGUCACGGUCGCCCUAGAGUUGUAUCACGGUCGCCCUAUAGCUGUGUCACGGUCGCCCUAGAGUUGUGUCACGGUCGCCCUAGAGUUGUGUCACGGUCGUCCGAGAGUUGUGUCAUGGUCGCUCUAGACGUAUAUGUCAGAUCGAGUCGCUCUUGAGGUGUAUCGUGCAGGGUCGCCUUAGAGGCGUGAGAGCGUCGCACUAGAUUUUUCUCAGUUUGUCGUUAAAUUUAUGUUGGUUUUUGAUCUGUGUGAUGAACAACGGGGCGUUAGUCUGAACUUGUAUCGAUGAUUAUUCAUUGUACUUGAUUUAUUGAUAGCACCUGAGGAUGCAAUGUUGCAUUGGCGUUUUUAAAUUAUGGGUUGGCUGCAUUAUUAAAUUAUACGGCGCGUCAAUCGUUUUUAAUGUGACGACCACGCACGAGUCUUCUUGAUGCUAAACACUCGUCAAAGCAAAGCAAUCAACUCUCACUACGAUAGGAAUUAAAUUCCUUUGUUCCCACGGUUCAAUUGAAAUUGGCUUAUUUAAUUUUAGGAAUUUAAAUAGAGGUUUAAUUUGUAAACAGAAUUGAAGUAAUUAUAAUGAACAGUGGAUCUGUUUCAGGUUAAUCCAGUGCUUAAUGUAUCGCGUUUACUCCACACUGUACAAAAUAACGGCAGAAAAAUGGAUUAUCCGGCGUUUUAGUGGCCAGCAGACCCAUGUAAUUAAACCGUGAUGCCGAUUUUUUUGCGAGUGCAAUUUUUGCUUCAUUUGUUAGCUGAAAAAAAAAUGAAAUACCGGUAACAUGGCUUUAUUUCUAUGGACAACCGACCACUAUACGCCGGUUAGACCAUUUUUUUAGCGUUAACUCGAACUCAUUUUACAAUUCGUUUCGUUUUGCUGCUGCUGCUGCUUGGAAGUUUCGAUUUAUACGUACAAUUAGUUCUUGUGUCCUUCAUUAAAGUGAUAUAAGCUUGCUGCGCCAACGUUGUGUUCCUGUUCGUUGUUAAUAUUCUCUGCCAAGUUGAUAAAAUAAUAAGUCUAUUAUUACUUAAAUUUUAACCCUAAUGUUUUGGCAAGUUUCCAUAAUUUGAUGGAGAAAGUGGUAAUUUGUUCCCCUGGUUACGUUGCUUCUUUGGUAUGUUAACGUUUGUUUUGCGUUUGUUGAAAUUUCGAUAUAUUGUGAAAGCCUUGUAGUUUCUACGGUGCGAUUAUUUGUUCCAGUAUUGUAAGAGAAAUCUUUACUCGUUCGUGUUCAUAUAUAUGCUUAAUCCGUGAUCUCGUGAUACCUUCAUAUCGUUUACAGCCGGGUUAUCCCUAAUGUUAGAAAAAACGGUGAAAAAACGGUCCCACCGGCAUCCUAGUGG